GGUUCUGCCUAACCCAGACCGAGACGUCUGAUCGAGGGAUCCUUCGGGUUGGGGCAGCUUGAGAAAUAUGGACAUUGGACAAUGGACGUUAACAAGCGAGAUCAGGGUGAAGCGUGGAAGGAAGUGGUGGCAGUGGGGGUUGGCAGUGGGGCAGCGGAACUAGGCAGGCUUCUAGAAAAUGCAAAGAAGCCGGCUAGAAGCGACGUUAGAAGGACGCUAGAAGCCCUUGCGUCGGCUUGCGAUCUAUCCCGGCGUGGCAAAUACCGGCAAUCGCGUAAUAUAAUAAAAUUAUAAUAAUAAUAAUAAUAAUAAUAAUAUUAUUAUU